AUGGACCAGACCAGUUUCCAAUCACCUCGCAGUACAACACAGAAAACUGGUAAGAACAUCAAUGUUUUCCUGCACUGCAUAAUAUGUGUGCUUGGUGUUGCUGGCAAUGGAAUGGUCAUCUACAUCGCAGGCCUCAAAAUGAAAAGGACCGUCAAUACCAUUUGGUUUCUGAACCUGGUGGUAGCCGACUUCCUAUUUUUGUCCCUGAUCUUUACUAUAAUUUAUAAAUACCGCGAUUCAGACUGGCCUUUUGGUGACUUUAUUUGCAUGUUGAGUAGCCUGGUGACUGUGCUGAAUAUGUUUGCCAGCACUUUCCUGCUGACAGCGAUCAGUCUGGACCGUUGCCUGUCCACCUGGGUGGUGGUGUGGGCCCGGACCAAACGAACCGUCCUGAAAGCGAAGAUAAUUUGCCUGUUUAUUUGGUUAGCUGCAGUUGCCUGCAGUCUACCUUUAGUCAUCUUUCGGAAAACACAUUCCAAUUCUCCGCAGCAAACCCUGUGCAUACCUGGCUUUUCAAGUCUGGAAGCCUACAAGAGGGUGUUAGUGUUCCGUUUUUUGGUGGGUUUCCUCAUCCCGUUCGUCAUAAUUUUGGCUUCCUACAUGACAAUCGGAGUACGAGUUAAGCGCCUCAGGAAAGACAAUAAACUAAAACCCCUCCGUAUUAUCCUAGCAGUAAUCCUGGCCUUCUUCUUCUGCUGGCUUCCCUUUUAUAUUUACAAAUUCCUCGAAGUCUUCCAGAAUGUUUUCGACCAGAUGGGACUCUUCAUAGUCAGCCUUGCCUACUUGAACAGCUGCCUGAAUCCCUUCUUCUACGUGUUCAUGUGUGAAGAGUUUCAGAAAAAGCUCAAGCAAUCUUUGGUGAUGGUGUUCGAGAGCACGUUCGCAGAGGAACACCUGGCUCUCCUCUCGCAACAUUCCCAAUCCCAAUGCAAAUCUCAUUCCCAGAGUGGAACGGGACCAAGUCUGACCCAGUCUUUGACACUUUGA